UCUUUUUCGCGCCCCAUUCCUCACACCCACCGUUCUUUUUGUUUUUGAGGUGGAGCCUGAUACCCCGAUUCUUCAGUGGACUGUCGGCAAGACGGGUUGCAUGAUUGAGGCCAAUAGUCAGUCGCAUAGAUCAAUACAUUAUACCAAUACGAAAGCUGAUUGCAUAUUGUGGAAAUAAUAAAGUGAGAACUCAUUAUAUUAUUAAAUCCUUGGAAAUCGGGCACAUUGAGGACGUGGAAUGAUGAAUUAUAUCAUAUUGGCGACCGUUUUUUCCAUGGUUUUCGCCGAAAAGUCACCUCGGCUGAAAUUCAUUGUAAAAGAGCCGGCCAGGUAUCACUUCUCCAAACCGGAGAACUACAUGUCAGUGUACCACCAGGAGGGCACCAACGUGCUGUACGUGGGGGGCCAGACAGUGAUCUACGUGCUGACGUUCACUGACAGGGGGGUCCGCGACCUGCAGAUCCCUGUGGUAACUGAUGAAAGCGCAAAGGCAGCUUGCAUCGCCAAAUCAGACCCACCAAAGUUGGAGUGCGACAAUUUCAUCACAGUCAUCCAGAAAGUCAAUGACACUUUUGUGGUAUGCGGGACAAAUGCAGGAACCCCCAAAUGCUGGCUGCUGGUAAAUGACACUGUGUUGACUGAUGCCCCCACCAAUGGACAGAUGGCACCAGCCUCUGACAUCUCCCCUCCCUACCCCUCCCAGAGGUCCGUCAGUUUGUCUGCAGAUGGGAAUCUAUACUCUGCCCUGUCAGCAGUGGGGCGUCACCCUGGCUCUAUCCGCCGGACCUACGGCACUCAGAAGCUUCUGAAGACUGAGACCAAGUGGCUGCAGAGCCCCCAGUUUGGUGGAGCAGCAGUAAUACCAGCCUCUCAAAAACACAAGGAGGAGAUCUACUUCUUCUUCAGUGAGAUCAAUAAGACGGCCAUGGUGGAUGAGGAGCCCUACAGGUCGCGCAUCGGCCGAAUCUGCAUGGUGGACGAGGGGGGUAUAAAGAACCUGCUGGCGGACUCGUGGACUACCUUCCUGAAGGCCAGGGUGAUAUGUGGUGCGGGUAGCACCCCCCAGCAGUACAACAACAUCAGACAGGCAUUUGUGCUGUCUGAAGUGGCCCAGGAGAAGAGGACCGGGGUCAUGUACGGCCUGUUUGCCAACGCCUGGGACACAACAGUGAUAUGUGCUUACUCCAUCGAGGACAUUGACCAGGCCUUCGCCACGUCCAAACUGAAGGGCUACAGCAGUCCUCUGAUUGGACAUCGCCCUGGCACAUGUGCCUUCAAGAACUCCACGGCAGCCCACAACCCUAAGAUCCUGGGGGUGAUCAGGGACCACCCAGAGAUCGAGGACGUGAUUCGUCCGGUCGGGGGUGCUCCGCUGAACCUGCCCACCGACGAUCACUUCACACACACUGUCGCUGCCAUGGUGCUGGCAGUCAACGACGAGCACUAUACUGUGCUGUACCUGGGAACAGAACAGGGGAAAGUGCUCAAGGUUCUGCACACUAUCGAGGAUGCCUUUAUCAUAUCCCAGUACUCCCUCUUCCACAAUGAGGGUCCUGUUCUAAGCAUGGCCAUCGACUCUAGGAAGGGCCACCUUUAUGUGGGCACGGCAAUGGAGGUCCAGCGCAUACCAUUGGCUGACUGCGGUCGCUAUGGAGACAGUUGCCGGGAGUGCAUUCUGUCUCGGGAUCCCUAUUGUGGUUGGGACGCAGCCAGGAGGAGGUGCACACCCAUCCCAGCUGGAUACAACAUCAGCACUGGGGCACUCACUCAGAGUCUGGACCACUCCAAUGCCUCUAUCUGUGGUGAAGCUGCUGCACUGAAGACCCAUAGGACAAACCCCAAACAGGUAGUGAUUGACUCGGAUGGCCCCGUCAACCUCCCAUGCCCUGUGCACUCCUUUCACGCCACCUACCGCUGGGAGAAGGACAACUGUAUCCAGCACUACCCCUGCUUCAUCAUUGGAGACUCCUGUGUGCUGGAACCCACCCCUGGCCUGCCCCUUAAGCAGGGGGUGUUCCGCUGCAUGGCCACGGAGAACGGCUACAAGGUGGAGGUGGUCUCCUACAGGCUGGUGAUCAACAGUGGGCCUCUGCCUGCCUCCCUGGCCUCCACCCUGGGGCCCUCCCUCCUUCUUGCUGCAGCCACCCUCUGGCUCCUGUAACCAUUGCAAAUGCUAAAGCUAACCCCUUAGCCUCUAAGGCCCUCUCUCUGACAGACAGGAGAGGAGGGGCCACCAUACCCAGGUUAGGUUCGCAGAGCAUUGAUAUUAAUGGUCGGGUAAUGCGAUCAGUGUUGCCCGCAGAGACUGUUUUCAGAAAAAGUGUUUUAAAAUUUAUUUUCCGUUGUUCAGAAAAUGCCUGAAAAUAAACCAAGCCAUUUAUUUUUUAAUAAUAUAUGGGCCUACCAUACUAACUAAUACUGUACUGUUUAAACAAAAAAAUACCUAAAACAAACUCAAAAUACAUAACAUUUAAACUUAAUUAAUACAUUAACAUCAAUAUGGGUUUUAUGGAAAGACAAACUAUAUUACCAUGUCUUAUUCUUAAUUUUAAAUACAGAUUCAAACCACAAGAUAUGCUUUGCGAACCUUGCCUGUCCACCCAAGAGAUGACAUCUCAUGAGUUGUGUUAAAUACAAUACCAAGCCAAUUUCUCUUUAUGGUUUCUCAACUUAUUUUGAAACUUGAUUGUGCUACUUUGUGAAUAUUUGAAGCUUGAAUACUGCUCUAACAUCUAAACAUCCUGUUGAAUGUCAUAAGUAUAGGCUAGUAUUUAGAAAAUGUCUGGUAUUGAGUAAAAAAAAAAAAAGCCUUAACAAUUCUGGGACAUACCCCCUAAGCACAAUUUGCUGCGAAAGCAUAACUGCUCAAUUGUGUUGACUUGAAUCUCUGAAUGAGGUGGCCAAGUCUUACUUUGAUGCUGGGAGGAAGUGUCAUCAUUUUGACAAGAAGUCAUCUUUUUGACAGGAAGUAGGUAGAAGAGCGUGAGCUCGUCCUCGAACAUCACUGUGUCUCGGGAAGUCCUCUGCAGUAAAAGGCAGUUUUUGCAUAAUUUUAAUGGACAGUAUCAGACAUUCAUAUUAUGCUACUUCAUUUUCAAUAAACGUAAGUUCAGUAAACAUCAUUCAGUGGCAGGUGAGGCCAAAUUAGAAUUGAGUAGAUGACAUGUAGAGUUAGUUGCAUUUUGUAGUUUGCUAAAUAUGAGAAAAAGCUUGUGAUUAUAUGAGUACCGUGUGUUAAGUAUUUUAUUGCUCCGCAAAUGCUGAUUUCCACCAUUGCUGCCUAUGAAAGUUAUUCUUGACGGUUCAAGGUUUUAUACUGUACGGAAGUCAUGAGAGGACAUAUGAAUAAAAUAAACCCUUGUUAUGUCGAGAUAAAUAAGUUAUCUCAUGAUCACGACAUAAAACAUUUUGCCGAGGUCACAAGAUUAACUCUACAAAUAGGAGUAGACGCAUUGAUGAUAGAUUGACAGCAUGGCUGAGGCGGUAGAGCCCACAGUGGAUCAGCGCAUAUGUUUUGAUCGAUUGCUACACUAAGGGAUGGUACAUUUCAUGCUAACAUAUCAGUCAUUAUCAGUUUAUAAAUUAGAAUGUUAGCCAGCUAAAUGUCCCUUACCUUGAACAAAGAGCUCUUGGGGCAUCUAAACCGUCAUGGGGCGUUUGAGUCUUGAACGAUGCCUGACAGGCUGGCCUGUCUCUGAGGCUGUAUGCCACCCCCAAGACCACAGGCAAUUGCAUGCAAGCAGCAAUGCAGCUAACUUGGCUAGUCCUGUGAGUGCACAAGCAAUCUAGCUAGUUAGCUAGGUAGUCUUACUAGCCAGCUAGCUCGUUAUAUAUGCUGGUUGUUAGCUUGCAUAACUGAUAUGUGUAUAAUUGUAAGGGGCACUUCAUGUUUUAUGGAUAAUAUUACAAUUUACAGAGUGGGUGAGCACAAUUCCUGACAGGCUAAUAAGAUUAUAUUUUAUCCUCAGACAUUGAUCAGAUUCAGUUGCAGUCUCAGAGGCUGAUAAAAUCAGGAUUCCACCUUGUAGGUUGUUUCAUAGGUAAUGCUCCUUGCAGGCAGAUUAGCAGUCAGUGCAUUAUGUAUAUGAUCAAGACUGGGUGCGCUUUAUUCCUGGCAGGCUGAUUCGAUUCAGUAGCAGCCUCAGAGGCUGAUACAUCAGGAUUCUGACUAGUAGGUUGUCUGCAAGGAGCCUUACACAUAUGAAACAGCCUACAAGGCAGCACCCUGAUUUAUGAGCCUCUACGGCUUCUAUUGAAUCUGAUCAGCUUGCCAGAAAUAGAGCUCACUCACUUUGGAUUAUAGGCAUCAGCCUAUAUAGUGCUGACAGCUAAUCUGCCUGCAAAGAGAUUUACCUAUGAAAUAACCUACAGGGCAGCAUCCUGAUUUAUCAGCCUCUGAGGCUGCAAUUUAAUCUGAUCAGCCUGUCAGAAAUGCAGCUCACCCACUGCAAAUGUAGAUAUUAUUCACAACAAAUUAAUUGUCCCUUAUAAUUUAUACACAUCAGUUAUGCAAGCUAACCACCAGCAUAGAUAACAAGCUAGCUAGAAAGCUCACAAGGAGAGCCAAGUUAGUUGUGUUGUUUCUUGCAUAUGAUUUAAUAUGGUCUUGGGGGUGGCGGACACCCUGGGAGACUGUGUCGCCUGUCAGGCAUCGUUCCGUGCUUAAAUGCCUCACUUUGCGUUCAACACAGCCACAGGGCUCCUUGAUGAAGUGGUUAUCGGGCAUCUGAAGAAGAAAUGAAUGGGUGAUAAGUUGUACUUUUGAUUAUCUUGUGAUCUCGACAAAACAACUUUUGUUAUGAGAUAAAUAUGUCUUGAUCUCGACAUAACGAGAUCACUAUUUUUAAAAUUCAUAUGUCCUCUCUGGGAUUUCCGUAAUACUGUGGAUGUACAAUGAUGUUACUCAUUGACUGCUUUAACUAACCUAUUCUCAAUGGGAAAAUCCAGUGCACAAUACUCAAAGGGGUUAUUUUCAUACUUGUAUCUGUAUGCUGUAACAAAAGGCUUGACAUAAUUUGAUAGGAUCAUUUUGUGAAGUAGAACACUGAGCAGCCACCAUACUCUGGGGAGAAAGACUGGAAUUGAUUGACAUUUCUGGAAGAUAUGGAACAAAAUUCCUCUUUAAGCAAUAGAUGUUUUUUAUUUUAGCACCUGACCUCACGUAACAAUAGUGUAUGCUUUAUUGGAGGCAGAGAAUGUUUGCUGGGAGGGAGUGGUUUACUCAAAGCAAAUGUUGAAUGUAACAUAUUAAUAUGAACGUAGUUGCAACAAAAUGCAGGUCUAUUGUCCCCAUGUAUUGAUUGUUUUAUCUCAGUGCUGAAGCACCACCUUAUAACCACUACGGUGUUUUGAACUGUGCCACUGAGCUUUGUGGCGAAUUUUGAAAUGGCAAAAAAAACACUGUCGCCUGAAAAUAUUGGUCGAAAACAGUCGACAAUGCUGUUCGUAGAACAGUUUUAGCCAUAGUUCUGCAGGUUCCAUCUUUCUCUCUGGGAGGUGGCUGUAAGUUUGUUGUCUCGGGGUCUCGGAAGGAUCUGCUUGCUGCAUUGCACUGAUGCGGGUUAUUGACUGUGCCAAACAUAAGAUGUGUUGAGCCGCCUCAUCCGCCGCCUGCCGCUUCUCACUCACUUAGCACUUUGAGUAAUUGGUUUCCCAAAUCUCUCUCAAACUCACACACAUUCUUAUAUAUGUCACAAAUACACACAGGCAUGUAGGUGCGCGCGCACACACACACACACACACCUCUUGUUUACCAAUCACCCACUUCAAUCGCAUUCUCUUUACUCCAGUAUUUACUGUUGCUUAUCUGUUUCAUUGUAUUUUGAGCAUGAAGCUGGUGUGUCUCUGAAAACAGUGAACAGAAGCCACUCAUACGCUAGCCAACACUAAUUAGGCAACUGAACCUGUAUCGCUCACUGCAGAGACAUACAAGCUCUUUUACCAAGACAGAUGGCCUAGUGUCAGUGGGUAUUGUUAAAAACGGUCAAUGAAUCGUGGCUGUGCAGAGUUAAUUGUAUUUGGCCUUUCAUGGAUUUCCAAGGGGCAGCAGUGAUAUGGGAGUUUGUUUUCUCUGGAGCACUUUAUUUAAUGACCACCUUCGUAGCCAGGAGUCCCUGCUUUGACGUGGACAUAAACAGUGGAUAUAUCGCAUGCGAGUGAUUAUCAUUAUCCUCGAAAGAUUUAAACUGGUUUGUUGUGUUCAAUUACCCGUUAGAUAAAUAAUGCCAGCAGAGAAAUAGAGUGAAGUGAAUUGUAUUGUCUUUAAAUCCUUUCUCUGGUGCUUUGGACGGUGUUGAUUGCAUUCUGUGUCUUAGUACAUUUGUAUUGGGAAUCAGCUUACCAAACUCGAUUGAAGAGGAGAUUGUAUUGGUAUCAUGCUCGUUAAUGCCUCACCAUAACCAUUUUUUUAAAGGACAGAUGUCUGUCUAUAUGAAGUGUUAAUACAUGUCCAUGUAACAAAUCUGUAUCUCCAUAUGUUUCCCUUUACUGAACAUGUACAGUGAAAAUCAAUAAAGUAAUCAACUACAGUAUUUGA